UGCAGGAAUACGUUGUGCAAUGGAAUACAAAAAACAACACAGUCGCGUCUGUUCGUUGUCUAUGGCCUAAAAGACACAUUUAAGGGGGUGUUUCUCAUGUGAAAUAAACAGCAGAGCCGUCCGUGCUUCGCGCUCUCCCGUGCGCGUUUGUUGGUUGUUGGAGAACCGCGCGGUCACCGUUACGCAUUUCAGCAGAGCACCGAGCGCAGGAUGGCCGAGAGUCACGGCGAGAUCAGCGGACACGAUUGUCGGCGUCCGGCACAGACUUUUAACCACAGAUCGUCCAAGUGGGUCCGUUUGAACGUCGGCGGCACGUAUUUUCUGACCACCAGACAGACGCUCUGCCGGGACCCCAAAUCAUUCCUGUCCCGACUGUGCCAAGCGGACCCAGACCUGGAUUCAGAUAAGGAUGAAUCUGGGGCGUAUUUGAUUGACAGGGAUCCAAUGUAUUUCGGUGCUGUACUGAAUUACCUGAGACAUGGAAAGCUGGUCCUUAACAAGAACCUGACAGAGGAGGGAGCUCUUGAAGAGGCAGAGUUCUACAAUAUCACAUCAUUAAUUAAACUAAUCAAAGACAAGAUCAGUGAAAGAGAUGCCAGGACUACACAUACACCGGUCAAGCAUGUUUACAGGGUGUUACAGUGUCAAGAAGAGGAACUUACUCAGAUGGUCUCAACAAUGUCGGACGGAUGGAAGUUUGAGCAGCUUGUCAGUGUAAGUUAUGGGCGGGCCCAGAAGUCAGAGUUUUUCCUGAUUGUGUCUCGAGAGGUGAAGGGGGAGGAGCCAUGCCAAACUCACCCCGCCCACAGUGGAGAGUUGGUCAGUAUCGGCUCCUCAUAUAAUUACGGUAACGAAGAUCAGGCGGAGUUCCUGUGUGUUGUUUCUAAGGAGCUGCACAACCAAUCAUAUUGUGCCAACAGCCAACCUAGCGAGAAAGCUAAGAUUCUGCAGGAGCGUGGUUCUAGAAUAUGAUCUACUAGAUCCCAUGUGGUUUUAAGACAUUUCAGUUCUUUCUAGAACUUUCCAUGUGCUUGUUCUCUUCACGCCCCAAAAAGCAUGUACACUGGCACAUCGGAUAUCCGAAGCACUCAGACAACACUUGAGGAGCAUGUCAUUUGUAAAUGUGUCUUUAUGGUGCCUGUCAAUUUGAAUAAAAACUGGAACACUUUGGUUUGAUCUACACAGAUUCAGAGACAGUUGUUGACUGGUUCUGAUUCUGUCUGGUCCAGAUUUGGAGAACUGGACCAAUGCAAAUCUCAGGGAUCAAAUGGAAAUGCACACUACACUCUCAAUCACAAAAUCAGUAGAAUGGACAUUUAUAGUCUAUAUACAUGUAACAAUUUCAGUAUGUCCCAAUAGAAAUGUCCAGGACUAGUUUUAGUCUUGUGGUUUGCAUGCACAAUGAAGAGACAACAAUAGAGAUUUGAUAAUCAGUAAUAAUGAUGGUGCAGUAGCAUCAUGGUUUAGCACUCAUUUUAAUCUUACAGUGUUUAAUGCGAGGUUGUUGAAAUAAGAUUUCCUUGCAAAAAAAAACAUUUUAUUGAUGCAUGAAACCCCAAGGAAAUGCUGUUCUAUAGUUUUUUUUUACUCCUUUUUUAUCUAAAAAUGAUUGCUUUUGCACUGCAGCUAUUUUUAUUAUUAUUAUAUUUGUGCACUUGAUCUUAAAGGGACAGUGCUUUUUGUCUGUAAAACUAGAGGAAAGGCAAGCAAGCAGAAAGCAUUUGAAAACGAGCAUGGUGGUUAUAGGGUUGUGUGUUGAAUGGACAUGCAUUCUGUCCAUGGUAAAUAAUAAUAAAAAUGAAAUACAAUCUUGCUUGUCCAGACCUGGCACAUUUUUAUUUAUUGAAAAUCGCUGUUCUAUAUCCAAUAGGCUAAAAUAUUGUACACACAUUUGUGUUUAAUGUUUGAAAAUGCUAACUCUAAGUCUGACACCAGUUUUACUGCUAAAUCUCACAAUGCUGAUUGUAGCCAACACACACCCACACGCUUUUAAGAUAAAAAAAAUACAUUUUUAAACAAA